AGACUCCCUCUCAAAUGGAUAUGGAGGGAGUAGUAACUACCAUGCUUCGUACUAGCAGCGAAAUUAUCCCUCAAAUGGAGACUCCCUCUCAAAUGGAUGAUGAUGGCACAAGCAGUAAUGACUGGACUCCACAAAUGGGUAUGGAAUUUAAUGAUGUAGAUGAGGCAUGGGAGUUUUGGAAGAUCUAUGCAUUAAAAAUUGGUUUUGGUGUACGUAGGAGAGUUACUAACAAAGGGAAGGAUGGUUCCAUAACUUCUACACGUUUUUGUUGUGCAAAAGAGGGACAUCGACAAAAAGAUAAACGGCUGGAAUUAGUAAAAAAGCCUAGGCCUGAAACGAGGAUGGACUGUCAUGCCCGAAUGGGAAUCAAAUUAGUUCGAGAGAGCGGUAAAUAUUUUGUGUAUGAUUUUGAGCCAAUGCAUUCCCAUCCACUCCACUUUGAAGAGUGUACUCACUUGAUACGGUCACAUAUGCAAAUAAGCGACGUCCAAGCUCAGCAAAUUGUGUUGGGCGACAAUGCGGGCCUCACACAGAGACAGCAGCAUGACUUGUCUAGUGUACAAUCUGGGGGAAGAGAAAACGUAGGUUACACAAGGGUUGAUGUGAAAAACUAUCUUCACACUAAACGAGGGAGAGACAUGGAGUUUGGGGACGCAGGAUGUUUGUUAAAGUAUUUCGAAAAACGCCAAAUCUUAGACACAUCUUUCUUUUAUCUUGUUCACCUUGAUAGUAAUGAGCAAAUAACAAACAUAUUUUGGGCGGACUCUAGAAUGGUUAUUGAUUAUGCCCUUUUUGGUGAUGUUGUGACCUUUGACACAACAUUUUCCACCAACAAAGAGUAUAGGCCACUUGGUGUAUUUAUUGGAUUCAAUCACCAUAGAGAGCUUGUGAUUUUUGGGGCUGCACUUUUAUAUGAUGAAACCGCAGAUUCAUUCAAAUGGCUUUUCGAGACAUUCUUGGGGGCACACAAAUAUAGGAGGCCUGCAACAAUUUUUACUGAUCAAGAUGCAGCAAUGUCGAAGGCAUUAGAAGAGGUGAUUCCCGAGACAAGACAUGGAUUGUGUACAUGGCAUCUAAUGCAAAAUGCUAUGAAAAAUGUUGGUCACUUAAUGAGGAAUGGAUCUAAUUUUUUGACUGAUUUAAAGAAGCUUGUCUAUGAAUAUGUAGAAGUGAAAAAAUUUGAGGAGGCUUGGGAUUCAUUACUUUCAACAUAUGAAGCUACUGAUAAUUCUUGGCUUCAAAAUCUGUAUAGGUUGAAAGAGAAGUGGGCUAGAUGUUAUAUGAAAUCUACGGUGACUUUGGGGAUACAUAGUACACAAUUGAGUGAGAGUUUGAAUGGAGAUUUGAAGGAUUAUCUUGCGUGUAAUGUAAAUCUAAAUGGAUUUUUCAAGAGAUUUGAUAAGGUUGUGAGUGAUAAGCGGUACAAAGAGUUACAGGCUGAGUUUAAUGCUAGAGAGAAAUUGCCCACAAUUUUGUGUCGGACAUCACCUAUGUUGCAGCAAGCAAGCAAGGUCUAUACACCUUCAAUGUUUGAAAAUUUUCGGACGGAAUGGAUGAAAACUUUAUCCCUGGUUAUCAAGGAACGUAAUGAGAUGGAUAUCUUGCGGGGAAUAUGUUGUUGGUUCAUUUGGUACAAAUGA